AUGUCGUCGCCAUGUCAAAAAGGCGGGAUGCGCCUCAGUGAGGCCCUAGACAAUAUACAGCUCGCUUAUAAUCCAAUUACCAAACAAUUACAUUUUGUGAGCCCCAAAGCAGAGAAACAGACAGAGGACAUAUCAGACGACGUUGACAAGUUGUCUAAAAAGAGUAGCUUCAGUGAUGAAGGGAACUAUUCAAUUUCGACCUGUGAAAAAAGUGAUACAAGUGAUUCUCCAAAAAGUACAUUGCAAUGGGGUGGGAGUGUGUGUGGUCACCAGCGGGGUAAGGACGGUGGAUCUUUCUCAAGUACUGUCUCCAGUUUAUCAGAGUGUUCUCUGGGUUCCAAUGGGUCUCGAGAGGACGAGCUAACAGAAACCACUUUACCUGAGAAUGGCAAACUUAAGAAGAAAGGUCUAUCAAGUUUCUUUAGCAGGUAUGUAAUGAAGUGA